UUUAUUGCUUCUUUCAUUGGAAUUCUAACUAGAAUUAACCGAAUUAUGCACUAACACUUUUUGCAAUUUAUUUUUUGAAAAGAAGUAUGGGUCUAUGGGUCGGGUUCGUAGUACGUAGAGUUCGUAGACGGGUAUCCCCUAGAUAUCGAACGAACUAACCCUAGCUGCUUCUGCAACUUCUUCGCUCAGAAAUGGCGACGUUUCCAUUGAUUCAGCGUGCUCGUACAACAAUGCUUUCUUCCUCCUUCAAGCUUCAGACACACCUUAUCCAUGGCAACCACUACACCCAAAGCCUAACCACUAAAUUUCUAAGCACCUCUGCUCUUCCACACCAUUAUCAAAGAUUCCCUUCCCACCAAAACCAACAGCAGUCACCUUCUGAUCCUACACACUUACAGCCUCAACAAUGGCAGCAUCAGCCUCAACAUUUCAAUCCACAGACCAAUCAAUUUCUUCACCAUAACCAUCAACCUCGUCAACAUAAUGUGCCUCCUUCAUUUCCAGAACAUGGCCAAAACCAUAAUCAGUGGAAUCCUCAAUCCCCAACCCAUCAAAGCCCUAAUUUUCAAACUCCCACUUCUCAAAAUCCUAACUUACGCCCAUCCACUUCCCCCAAUCGAUGGCACAAUCAAAACCCUGCUACCCCGAAUCCGUGGAGCCCUACGACUCAGGGGUUCCCAAACCCUAACCAAUUCCAAAACCCUAGUAACCAGCUGAACAACAAUCAAACAUCUAUUCAAGGACAAGCAUCCCCUGCUCCUCCACCGCCACCUCCUUCAAUCACUGAUUUGGCACUUUUGUGCAAGGAGGGUAAUGUUAAAGAAGCAAUAGAGUUGAUGGACAAAGGGGUCAAAGCUGAUGCUGGGUGCUUCAAUCUUCUGUUUGACUUGUGUGGCCAAUCCAAGUCCCUUGAAGAUGCUAAGAAGGCCCAUGACCACUUUCUGCAGUCUUCUUUUAGGAGUGAUCUCAUGCUCAACAACAAGGUGAUUGAAAUGUAUGGGAAUUGUAAAAGCAUGACGGAUGCACGUAGGGUGUUCGAUCAUAUGCCCAGCAGGAAUAUGGAUUCUUGGCUCUUGAUGAUGCGGGGUUACGCAAAUAACACCAAUGGGGAUGAAGCCUUGCAGUUGUUUGAGCAGAUGAAUGAACUGGGUUUGGAGAUUACUUCAGAGACUUUGCUUGCUGUGUUGUCAGCUUGUGCCAGUGCAGAGGCUGUGGAGGAUGCUUACGUACAUUUUGAGUCAAUGAAAAGCAAGUUUGGAAUAGAGCCUGGGGUGGAGCACUACAUGGGGCUUUUGGAUGUUCUGGGACAAUCUGCAUAUCUCAAUGAAGCUGAGGAGUUUAUUACCAAAUUGCCAUUUGAGCCCACUGUAACCGUAUGGGAGAAACUGAAGCAUUAUGCUCGGGUUCAUGGAGACGUGGAUCUUGAAGACUAUGCUGAAGAGUUGAUGGUUAGUCUUGACCCAUCAAAGGCUGUUGUGAAUAAGAUCCCCACGCCACCUCCGAAGAAGUAUACUGCAAUUAGCAUGCUUGAUGGAAGGAACAGAAUUAUUGAGUAUAAGAAUCCCACUCUUUACAAGGAUGAUGAAAAGUUGAAGGCCUUGAGUGGGAUGAAAGAUGCGGGAUAUGUUCCUGAUACAAGAUAUGUUCUUCAUGACAUUGAUCAAGAAGCAAAGGAGCAAGCCUUGCUCUACCACAGUGAACGUCUAGCAAUUGCCUAUGGCCUUAUUAGUACUCCACCAAGAACACCUCUUAGAAUCAUCAAGAACCUUCGUGUCUGUGGUGACUGCCACAAUGCCAUCAAGAUCAUGUCCAGGAUUGUUGGGAGGGAAUUAAUUGUUAGAGAUAACAAAAGGUUUCAUCAUUUCAAGGAUGGAAAAUGUUCUUGUGGGGAUUACUGGUGAAAUCUUUACUUGAAAUCUUCCAGUAGCAUGGAUAUAUCAUUUUCUAUCCCCUUAUACCGGAGAACAUCUGUAUUUAGAUAUUUUGAUAUCAUUAUAAUUAUGUUCUUGCUGCUAAGAUGUUAUCUCUUACAACAGAAGAUCAUUACCUUUUGUAUGAUGUAUUUCAGGAUGAUUACUUUUGUUAUUCCUUUAACUUGGUUGGUAAAUAUAUUUAAAUAUGGUUGCAGUUGGCGAAUGAAAA